AUGCAGUUCUCCAUCAUCUCUUUCCUCACAGUCGCCGCCACUGGCGCUCUCGCCAUGCCCGCUGAGCCCAAGACCAACCCCCUCGAGGCUCGUGUGGACUGCGGACGGAUCCUACCCGCUUGCAACGGCGGAAGCAUCUCUGGUCAGACCGACUGCCGCUGCCCCGGCCAGGUCUCCAAGUGUGAUGUCUGGAACUGCCCUGGCGACGAUGUCAUGGUCUGUGGCCAGGAGGGCAGCGGUUGCGUUUGGAUUUAA